AUGGAUUCUCCUGCUUCUCCAAGUAAUGAUCUCUUUGGAUUUUAUCAAGAUGUUGAGGAGCUUAUACUUCCAAAUUCCAAUAACUGGAACACUGAUCUUCUUCACCAACUUUUUGAUGAUAAUACUUCUCAAAAGAUUCAAAGUUUAUUUCUAGAUAUCACUAAGGACGAUAUCAUGAUUUGGAUGCCAACAAAAGAUGGGAAGUUUUCUGUAAAAGAUACCUAUAAGCAUCUUACAAUGAGCUCUUCUGAUGUUCAGUUGGUUCUUAGGAAACAAUCAUUAUCCGACGAGAAAUUGCUUUACACUUUGAUGAUAAGUGCAUGGGUCAUCUGGAAAGAAAGAUGUGAGACAGCAUUUCAGGAGUGGAAACCACCUUUGCAUGAUAUUUUCAAACUUAAUGUUGAUGCUUCUUUUUGUCAUGAUACUAAUAAGCUUGGAGAUGGCAUUAUGUUACGAACAAAUACAGGAAGCUGCGCGCGAAGGAAUCAAAGGGAGCUUCGCAAACGGAGUUCGGAGUCCGGAAUUUGGAGGGAUAAUCAGGUAGCUGAUGCAGUUGCAACGUCUUAUAGAGACACAAUUAUAACUUUCUUUAAUAAUUUUCCUACAGAUAUUAUGGUUAAUUUGCCUGUUAAGAACAUUAUUAUUGCUUCACAGUAUAUUGAAUUCUCUUUGAUCUCUUCAAUGGAAGAAGAAGUGGGAGAAGUUUCGGGCGACUUGAAGAGACUUGAUGACACCAUGCAGAGGAUUUAUGCUAUAGCUGCCGAGGCCGAGAAAUUACAACAAAGGGAUGGAGAUGUUAAACGUUGGUUGGGAAUGCUUAAGGAUGUUGCUUAUGAUGUUGAGAAUGUAUUAGCUGAAUUCUCAUAUGAAAUCCUGCAUCGUCGAGCUCACGCGGACAAUCCGUUGCUCAAGGCAGAUGGUUUCUUCAGUUCAACAUUACAUUAUAAAGCAAUCAUGCUUUUGAUCGUUACAAUUGCUCAAGAGGUUGCUCCUGAAAUAAAAGGUGACUUGAACAAACUUAAUGACACCUUGAGGAUGAUUUAUGCUCUAACUUCUGAAGCCGAGAGAUUACCACAAAGUGAUGAUACUAUUGAAGUGCUGAGAAGGCUUAAAAAUAUUGCUUAUGAUGCUGAGGAUAUAUUAGAUGACUUCUCAUAUGAACUCAUGCGUCGACGAUUCGAAAUAAACAACAAUCUGUUGCUCAGGAAUAUGGGUUUCUUUUUAUCUUCUGGUUUUUGUCUAAAAGAUGUUUUAAGAGAGAUCAUAGGAUACAUUGAUGAUGAUGAUGAUAAACAUGAUUACGAUUAUGGAAGUCUUGAGCUAAUGAUCAGACAAGUUUCUAAGAUGUUGAACGGGAAGAAGUAUCUGCUAGUACUUGACGACUUGUGGGAUAUUGAGGGUCAAGACAACUGGGAAAGGCUACAGUACAUUUUGAUGUGUGGUUCUCAUGAAAGUAAAGUGAAUGUUGCAUCGGACGUCUUACUGGUCACCCCUGCAUAUCUCUUGCAACAAUUAUCAACAGAUGAGUGUUGGUCAAUUAUCAAGGAAAAGGCAUUUUCUCGUGGCGGGGUAUUGGAGAAUCUGAAAAUGGUUAACAUAGGAAAAGAAAUAGCAAGAAAAUGCUGUGGUUUACCACUUGCUGCCAGAGUAUUAGGAAACAUUUUGUGCUCAAAAACAAAAGACAUUGUUGGUUGGGAGAUCGAUAGAGAAACUAUAAUUCAGUUAUGGAUGGCGGAAGGUUUUCUUGUACCAUUAUCUAGUGGUGACAUUUCAAUGGAGGAUGUUGGAAAUAAGUAUUUUGACAUCUUGUUAUCCAAUUGUUUACUCCAAAGUGUAGAAAACAAGGAUGGGUUAGCAGACAUUCAGAAGUGUAAGCUGCAUGAUUUUGUACAUUAUCUAGCGCGUACUAUUGCUGGCGAUGAUGGGUGCUCAUUUUCAACAGCUAAGAAGGUAGCAAGUAAUUCCGAAACUCGACGUUUGGUUUUUGAUGAAGAGUUGCCGAGAACGUUUCCAGAAGUGGGUGAUUAUAAAAAUAGAUUACGCACGGUUGUGGCCGUGGAAGCAGGAGACUGUGAUAAUAUUCAAGAUGUUUUUCGGAAUAGGAAUUUGCGUACAUUGGUAUUACACGGCUGCAGCUCGCUUUCGAAACUUCCCGAAGGCAUUGGAUCAUUGAGAAGCUUUAAGCACCUUGAUCUUUCACAUAUAGGAAUGAAAAAACUUCCUAUUUCAGUCACUAGUCUCCAGAACUUGCGAACAUUAAAUGUCUCCAACUGCCCAGAUUUUGAAGAGUUACCUGAAGACAUUGGAGCCUUGGAAGAUUUACUUGAUAUUUCACAUACCAAGGUGACCAAAUUACCUGGCUCUAUCCGUUCUCUCAAAAGAUUGGCGAAACUAAGAUUACACUCAUGUCAGCUUAAAAGUUCUUGA